AUGUGUGUGUGUGCAGAGUUGAGGCAAUCACGUAAUGACUGGGCCACUAUAGGAGCCUCUGGGCCAGCGCGCUCGUCUGUUAAAGACCGCUGCCGACUGAUGAAGGACACCUGCAACACAGGGAAGUGGAGUGAGGAGGAGGAGAGGCGUCUAUCGGACAGUGUGUAUGCGUUGGCGGGUGUGUGUCCGGGUCGUGCGGUGACGGGGGGUGUGUCAUGGGCGGCUGUAGCUGAUCUGGUGGGAGGGUCGGAGAAACAGUGUCGCUAAUGGCUCAACUACCUCAACUGGAAACAGAGUGGAGGGACGGAGUGGACCAAAGACCAGGAUCUCAGCUUAGUACACAGGAUAGUGGAGUUGGAUGUGGAUGAUGAGAAUGAGUUAAAGUGGGAGGAGCUAGCAGGGGGGUGGAGCAGCGUUCGCUCUCCUCAGUGGCUCAGAUCUAAGUGGUGGAGCAUCAAGAGACAAGUAGCCAAUCACAAGGAGCUGCCCUUCCACGUGUUACUGAAGGGUCUCCAGGAGCUGAUGGAGGUUCAGGUGCCCUUAGGGGCGGGCACUGGGCCAGGUAGCCCUUCUCCUUCCCUGCAGAUCCGAGUCACGCGAUUGGACGAAUGCUGUAGCUCCACCCCCAGGGCUGUCACAGCACUGCAGAUCCCCCUGCAGAUCACACACAUGGCCCCAGACAGUGCUGGCGCCAGUGACACAGAGACCAUCACCCUCAACACUGCAGCUCUGCAGACCUUACAGAUCCUACCUUCUUUCCACCUGCACCCUACAGGGACUCCAGGGACAUACUUCCUUCAGACAGCAGCCAAUCAGAGCCUGCCGCUCAGCCUUUCCACCAAUCCCACCGUCACACUGACGGCUAGCUCCUCCCCCUCGUCCCCAGAACACAUCAUCCUACACAGCCUCUCAGUGAGUACGGAGGGUCUUUGUUCCAGUGACAGCGUUAUCAUUCAGACGGUCACCUCUGACCACACCUCUCCAGAGCCUCUUUGCCAAUCACAGCUGGUUGUGGAGAUGCAGGGGGAGGAGCCAGAGCAGAACUUUCUGAUUGGUUCCUCAGAAGGCGGAGCCACCGAGACUCAGGAGCCAAUGACCGACAGCUUCACUGCCAAGGUCCUGGACUCUCCCUCUCACGAGGAGCAGGUGGUGGAUUCUGGGAUAGCGAAGGGGGCGGUGCUUAUCGUUUCUCCGACAAAUGUCAGCAGCACACUGACAGAUCUGAUCCUAGAGAACCAGGAGGGCUCUGACUGAGAUGGAACACAUCAUUACUGAUGGAGCCAAUCAAACAGCGGAGUGGACAUGUCAUCAUUUUGGACAUUUUUUCUGAUUGGCUGAGUUGGCCAUUAAGCCCCUCCCCUUUAAAUGCUCUCUUGGGUAUGGCGGUAAUUCACCUAAUACUGGGAUGCACACUGCCAUGAAACCCCAAUGAAGAAGCUCUCUUGGGUCCAUUGUUCAUGGGCUCCUGUGGGGGCCGGCCUGACCUUGUGUGUGUUUUGUUAUACGGCUUUUCCAAACUGUCCAUUCUAUGUACUUUAUAAAGACUGCAGCCAGAGCCACAGAUAUACACUGAGUGGACAAAGCACUUCCUAAUAUUGAGUUGCACCCCCAUGUCUCAAUUGUCUCAAGGCUUAAA